UCUCGUCUCCUUCCUCGACGCUUAGAUCAGAAAAGCUGGAAGAGAUGCAAAUCUUAUUUAUACGUAUUUCAUAAUAUUAUUUAUUUCUAUCGACGCGUUGAAGUUUGAUAUUUCUCGUUCUUUUUAUAUUACGAUUUCUAUUAAACUUUUAGAUGAUUACAAGCCGUGGCAUAUGAUCAUAUACAGUUAUAGCUAGUAAACAAUCAUCAUCUUUUGGGCAAUAUGAUUCAGAUGAACCAGAAAAUGAACCAGAAACGGAUCAAACAGUCAAACAGCUUGCAAACAAAUUAGAUUUUUUUUCGUUCUAAACUUGGUCCUUCGGCUGGACUCAAUCUUGUUAGAUGUGAACUGGAUGCCAUGGUUUCCUGGAGCCAUGUCUUGUAAAUCCAAAGUUGCUCCCAGUGUUGAUUUUGACCACAGCUGCUCCGACAGUGUUGAGUAUUUGACACUCAACUUCGGGCCUUUUGAGACCGUCCACCGCUGGAGGAGGCUGCCACCAUGUGAUGAGUUUGUGGGUGCAAGGCGUAGCAAACACACUGUUGUGGCAUACAGAGAUGCCAUCUACGUCUUUGGAGGAGACAAUGGCAAGAACAUGCUUAAUGACUUGUUGCGGUUUGACGUGAAGGACUGCUCAUGGUGUCGGGCAUUUACUACUGGCACCCCACCAGCGCCAAGAUACCACCACUCUGCUGUUGUGUAUGGAAGCAGCAUGUUUGUGUUUGGUGGCUACACUGGAGACAUCUAUUCAAACUCUAACUUGAAAAACAAAAAUGAUCUAUUUGAGUACAAGUUUGCCACCGGGCAGUGGACAGAAUGGAAGGUGGAGGGACGUCUGGUUGCCAGAUCAGCUCAUGGAGCGACGGUCUAUAAUGACAAACUGUGGAUUUUUGCUGGAUAUGAUGGGAAUGCCAGGCUAAAUGAUAUGUGGACCAUCAGUCUUCAGGAUCGUGAGCAGGCAUACUGGGAAGAGAUUGAACAAAGCGGUGAAAUCCCACCUUCCUGUUGUAACUUCCCAGUAGCUGUAUGUCAGGAUAAGAUGUUUGUCUUUUCUGGUCAAAGUGGAGCCAAGAUCACCAACAACCUCUUUCAGUUUGAAUUCAAAGGCCACAUAUGGACCCGUAUUCCAACUGAGCACUUACUGCGUGGCUCCCCUCCGCCCCCUCAGAGACGCUACGGACACACCAUGGUGGCGUUUGACCGUCACCUGUAUGUGUUUGGAGGGGCGGCAGACAACACUUUACCCAAUGAACUGCACUGCUAUGAUGUGGACUCACAGACAUGGGAGGUCAUUCAGCCCAGCACGGACAGCGAGAUGCCAAGUGGGAGGCUGUUCCAUGCAGCGGCUGUUAUCCAUGAUGCCAUGUACAUCUUUGGGGGGACCGUGGACAAUAAUGUGCGCAGUGGAGAAAUGUACAGAUUUCAGUUUUCUUGUUAUCCAAAGUGCACACUUCAUGAGGACUAUGGCAAACUGUGGGAAAACCGUCAGUUCUGUGAUGUAGAGUUUAUCUUGGGGGAGAGGGAGGAGAAGGUCCUGGGUCAUAUUGCCAUUGUAACAGCUCGCUGUAAGUGGCUACGUAAGAAGAUUCUACAGGCAAGAGAUCGACAGAAACAGAAGAGUAAACUGGAAUGCAAUGAGGAGAGUGAAGAGUCUGGCUCAGGCAGUCAGAAGGACAGCUCUGGAAGGUCCUCAAGGGGUCCUCCUUUAUUGGAAGUGUCAAUCAGAGAGGCAGACGCGCAACCAUUUGAGGUUUUAAUGCAGUUCCUGUACACUGAUAAGAUACAGUACCCACGUAGAGGUCAUGUCCAGGAUGUGCUGUUGAUCAUGGACGUUUAUAAACUCGCUCUGAGUUUUAAACUGUCCAGACUGGAGCAGCUCUGUGUGCAGUACAUUGAGGCAUCGGUCGAUCUGCAGAAUGUCCUGAGUGUGUGUGAAAACGCAAACAAACUUCAGCUGGACCAGCUCAAGGAACACUGCCUGAACUUUGUGGUGAAGGAGAGUCACUUCAACCAGGUGAUCAUGACCAAAGAGUUUGAGCACCUGUCCACUCCGCUGAUCGUGGAGAUAGUGAGACGCAAACAGCAGCCUCCUCCCAGAGUCUAUUCGGAUCAGCCGGUGGAUAUAGGCACGUCUCUGGUACAGGACAUGAAGGCUUGUCUGGAGGGGGCGGGCCAUGAGUUCUGUGACAUCAUCCUUUUGCUAGAUGGUCAUCCGCGCCCUGCACAUAAGGCCAUACUUGCUGCUCGCUCCAGUUAUUUUGAGGCCAUGUUCCGCUCCUUCAUGCCAGAGGACGGGCAGGUGAACAUUUCAAUAGGUGAGAUGGUUCCUAGUACACAGGCCUUUGAGUCCAUGCUGCGCUACAUUUAUUAUGGGGACGUCAACAUGCCUCCAGAGGACUCGCUAUACCUGUUUGCAGCACCUUAUUACUACGGUUUCUCCAACAACAGACUUCAGGCCUACUGCAAGCAAAAUCUGGAGAUGAACGUUACUGUAGAAAAUGUCUUACAGAUCUUGGAAGCGGCUGAUAAGACUCAAGCUCUUGAUAUGAAGAAACACUGCCUGCAUAUUAUUGUCCAUCAGUUCACCAAGGUGUCCAAGCUCCCCAACCUGCGAUCGCUCAGCCAACUGCUGCUGUUGGACAUCAUUGACUCGCUGGCAUCCCACAUAUCAGACAAACAGUGCACUGAGAUGAGCUCUGAUAUAUAGUCUCUCCUCCCCUUUCAUGCCCCAUCCCAUCCCUUAUGGACUUUUUCAUUUACGCUUCCGCUCCAUUUCCUUCCCUUUUCAUCCAGCACCUCCUCCCAGCCCAUAUAAUCCUGCCUCACACCCCUCCUCAAUGAGAUUGGGUCCUGUUUGCUGCUUCACGUUCCCCUAGAUUUUAUUGACCAAAUUGUGUAUGAGAGAUAUGCUGGAUGAUCAUAAAAUUUCUAAAAGUUAGACUCACAUUUACAUUUAUUUUAAUGUGCAUAUAUUUUGGACAAAUACCUUUAUUUGGUAGAGCACAUCAAAUCAGUCGACGGCCAACAAUGUUGUUUAAUUAGACAUAUAAUUAUGUAUCCCACAUAAGUUAAGCUUUGAAAAAACACUCCCAUUAGGGUUAAUCUCACAAAAAAAUGUCCAGGUCAUUUUUCAUUUCAAAAUCCAAAAAAAAAAAAAAAAAGAUAUAUUGCAUAAUGAAAAUGAACCCAUUUUAGGGCCCCCGUAUUUCCUUUUUGCCUUUUUUUAUGACAGUUACGACAAUGUUCCUUCUAAAUGACUAUGAGUCCAGAUGCUUUACUUUGAAUAAUUCUUUCGAUAUUCUUCAGUGGUUGAUUUCAUUAGAUUAUGGUAAAAAAAAAAUUAUUUAGACCUUAUACAUAUGUACACCAAUAUGUACACGUACACACACACAC